CUUCCCAUAGUGCCUUGCACUGGAAGUCCUGCCCCCUUUAGGCCUUUCCAUAGUGGCUUGCGCCCCCAAACCAGAAGUCCCGCCCCUCUUCUGGGUAAUUUGGUGCCAUUCUGGGGAACCAAUCCAGGAAUUUUCCUCAAGGGUGAUUGGCAACACUGCUUAUAUCAGUAUCGGAGAGGGUAGUAGGUCAAUGGGACCUUGGUCAGUGAUGGCAAACCUUUUAGAGACCGAGUGCCCAACUCAGUGGCGUUCCCACACAGGAUCUCACCUGGUUUCAGGUGUAGGACAUUUCAGGGGCGGCCUUCCCCAGAGACAGAAACUACUGGGGGAGGACUUCCCCAGAGACAGUUAAAGGCACAGGAGGGCGGGGGAAGAAGACGAUCGGGUGCCCAUUCCUUCAACUGUCUCCUCAUACCCUAAGAGUGUCAUAGAAGGCACAUGUGCCAUAGGCUCACUGCCCCAGACCUAGGUUGUCCUGUUGCUGCAUAUGACUUGGCUUGCUAGGUCUGUGUGCAAUGUCCCAACAUGAAGUGGUGUUUCCUUUCACUGUUGUGGCCCAGAUAAAUGUUGCCAGUUACAAAAAAAAUUGUGAGAAUUUUAGAUAGAUGGUGGAAUAUAAAUAUUUUAUUAAAUAAAUAAAUAAUCACAGAACCAUUUCAAUAACAUGAAAGUUUUAUUUGUUACUAUCUAAGAUAACAUUGUUCUUACUUUCCCUUUGUCAGUUUUACUUCGACCAUCAAUGUUAGGAGUUAAGAGUGUGGAAAUUCACUUCCACAUUAGAAGGCUAGCUUCUGAGAAGAAACAGAGCGUUUUUUCAGUUCUGGAGUAGACAAAAGCUAUAGCUCAGCCCAUGAACUCUAGCAGAAGGUCUUGGAAAAACUCAAGCUGGUAUCUUCCAGACAAGUUUGCUUGUGGGAUUUGCUAAAGUGCUAGCAAGAGAAUUGCUUCUGAAGGUUGAUGGUUCUAUACUGUACGACUCCUGCCAAUAAAAUGGAUAUUUUCUGCUUGUAGUGACCCUCUAUGGUGUGUUUACCAACUGUUCUUCUGCCAGAGGCCCAUCAUACUGCCUUUUAUUAGAGCUGCUUGAUGUCAGUGUGUCAGAGUUGCUUGUGCAUUCCAGUCAGCAUGGCUGCUCCAUGUGGAUCACCCAGCACUGUGCCCGAGACAUCCUGGAAGCCCUGGCAUUCCUCCACCACAAAGGCUAUGUGCAUGCAGACUUGAAGCCACGCAACAUCCUCUGGAGUGCAGAGGAGGAGUGCUUCAAGCUCAUCGACUUUGGACUCAGCUUCAAGGAAGGGAAUCAGGAUGUCAAAUACAUUCAGACAGAUGGGUAUCGGGCUCCUGAAGCUGAGCUGCAGAACUACCUAUCCAAGACAGGAGUGCAAGGGGGAACUGAAUGUACAUCUGCUGUAGAUCUUUGGAGUCUUGGAAUAGUAUUACUGGAAAUGUUCUCAGGAAUGAAACUGAAACAUAUUGUCCAAUCUCGGGAAUGGAGGGCAAACAAUUCUGCCAUUAUUGAUCACAUUUUUGCGAGCAAAAGUGUGGUAAACUCUGCCAUCCCAGCUUAUCACCUCAGAGACCUCCUCAAAAGCAUGCUUCAUAAUGACCAAGAGAAAAGAGCUUCUGCUGCAAAGGCCUUAUGCAGUCCCUUCUUCAGCAUCCCUUUUGCUCCCCAUAUUGAAGAUCUGGUGAUGCUUCCAACUCCUGUGCUAAGAUUACUAAAUAUUUUGAGUGAUGCUUCUCUUCAGAGUGAAGAAGAAUUUGAAGAUAUAGUGGAUGACAUAAAAGAAGAAUGUAGCAAGUAUGGCCAGAUUGUUUCCCUGUUUGUUCCUAAGGAAAGUCCUGGCAAAGGUCAUGUUUUUGUAGAAUAUGCAAAUGCUGGUGAUUCCAAAGCUGCCCAACAGGCACUUACUGGGAAGAGAUUCGAUGGUAACAGUGGCAUUCAGAUGUUGCUGAACUGCAACUCCUAUCAUCCCUCAUCAUUGACUACAGUGGCUAGAAUUACUGGAAGCUGCAGUCCAGCACCAUCUGGAGUGUCAGAGUUGCACAUUGGAGACCCCUUAUCAGCUGGAAGUUGAAAGAACAGUCAGCCAAGACAAGAGCCUCCACAUUAUUUUGCCUGCAUUGUAUGUUAGAAGUACUUUUGCCCUCUAGAGACUGGUAAUGCCCAAUAUUUUCAGUUAAAUUCAUUGCUUUGUAGAGUGGGAAAGAUCAAUACUGCUUAGACAUUGAUGCUUAUUCAUAAACACGUCGGAUACAAACAUGCAUUCCUACAAAACAAAUACAUGCGUGUUGGUUCUAGAUAGGUAUUCACCUUCUCUGAAGCCAAAACAAAACGGAGAGAAGGAUGAACCAAUCACAGUGAACAUGUAGGUGAGAAAAGUGUUCAAGAUGAGGAGAAAAUACAGACACAAGUCUAACAAGCAGCUGCCAGGAAGCAGGAAAGAUGGCCUGCCAGAACCAAAGGAGUAGAACAGGAUCAUCAGAAACAAACAUAAUCUUCCUCAUAGUCACUUUUGCACUUUUGCAGCCAUUCUUACAUUGGACCAACAACAUUUGACUGGUUAGGUAAAAGGGGAUGUCAUGUUGGUCUGGUCUAGUGGUGUUAUGGCUUUAGUCACAUGAACUUGUGCUGCUAAUCCUGUUAGAAGAUGCCAGAGUGGAAGGGUGGUAGCCUAGCCACUAGAAGAGUUGGGUUGUAAUUCAAAAUUGCAGAUCAAAAGCUCAAGAACUGAUUAUUUUAUAUGAAAUUUAAGAUUCAGAUAAUAUUGAAUGUGCCUAUUGAGUGUGCAUGUGCAUACUCAUUGAACUCCAACAUUUGCGUUAAAUAGUCAUGGACCUUUUCAGUAUACAUGAUCCUAGGUCAGGUUGAUCCUUUUCACAAAGCAUGAGACCCUUUCUUCAAAGGCAAUGGCUAUUAAAUAUAAAUCCAAUUUAUAUUUUCUCAAUUGUACCUGUUCUGGCACUUUGGAUCAACUCAUUCAGGUACCACUCGAUUUCUCCUAUAGCUGUGCUUGCUAUAUUGUGCUUGUUUUUUGGAUUAGCAAGAACACACUGUAGAACUGCUGCUAUAUUAUCUUGUCAGGGAGCCAGAAGAUAAUGAUUCUGUUUAACCGCUAAUAUAUGGCUUUGGGCAUCCCAGCAACAGAUCUAACCUGGAGUCCCCUUUGCUCUCUGUUAUCCUCCCUCUCUCUGUCCUAAGAAAAAUAGCACUGCCCAUUUUACUUUGACUGUUCCUGAGUUUUUAUAUUUUGUGUAUUUGUUUUUGUUUGGGGUUUUUGGCAAACUCUUCUGUGAUCAAACGUCUUCUGUUCAAACUGUUUAAGGAGAUCUGCUGCUUUGUGUAGUAGUUCUCAGGUUGGGGAGCAGCUGCUUGAGAAAGAGGACAAAAGUGCAAUUUUAAUUAAAGGAAUAAAGAUUUGUUCUGAUGUUG